AUGCCCAUCUUGGCCCACUCAUCCCGUCGCCUCGCACGGAGAAGAACGGCUGAUAUUCUCUCUGUGUCUCCCGCAAGCCGGCCUGUGGCCUCACUGUCCCCGUCUGUGCAAGCGGCCGCUGUCGCGCGUCAGCCAAGGAAGGAAGGCGACAUCGGCUCUGUUUUCGCCUCGCUUUCGGGGGAAAAGGAGACUCCUCUUCCCGCCCGGUUUGGCGAGCUCAAGCAUCUCAUCAUCGGCGAUGCGGACAAUCAAGCGAGACUGACGGCCAGUUGGAGGAGCCUUAUCGAGCGAUUGAGGCAGCUCGCGCCCGAGAUUGAGAGGAAGCAGCAACAGUCGAUUCCAACGGUCAGCUAUGAAGAGCUAAUCGAGGCUCCGUCGGAGCGCACAAUUCAGGAUAUCAAGCGGUGUGGAACGCUGGUCCUCACUGGUGUGAUCCCGGAACAGGAGGCACAACAGUGGCUCGAGGACAUCCGCACUUACAUCCAUCUCAAUCCAUCAGUGAAAGGCUUCCCAGCGAAUGAUAAGCAGGUCUUUGAGAUCUACUGGUCCAGACCCCAACUCGCCGCCCGCUCUCACCCCCGUGCCCUCGCAGCCCAACGCGCCCUCCUCAAGCUCUUCUCCGCCCCGCCCUCCGCGCCCGUCUCCCUUGAGACCCCCUUGACCUACGCCGACAGACUCCGAAUCAGGCAUCCGGGAGAUGCCAAAUUCGCGCUGGGUCCGCAUAUGGAUGGCGGGAGUGUGGAGCGGUGGGAGGAUGAGCGGUAUCGUAGUGUGUAUGGCGAGAUUCUGAGGGGGAGAUGGGAGGCGUUCGAUGCAUGGCAGAUGGAUCAUCGGGUGGAGGCGAAUCAGAACAUGUACGAUGGAGCCGGGUCGUGCGGCGUCUUCCGAGCUUUCCAAGGCUGGACGUCCCUUUCUUCGACGGGGCCGAAGGAGGGAACACUCCGCGUCUAUCCCCACAUCCGAGAACAGACCGCAUACACUCUCCUUCGACCACUCUUCAAAGAGCUCCAGCCGCGAUCGGCACUCUCGCACGAGGACUACCUGUCCGCCGAGAAUUGGGUUCUCGAUAUGGAAUCGACACGGUUCCCCGGUGCACCGCUCGCACGAGGUCAAGAGCUGAAUAACGAGACGCAUCCGCAUCUUGAGCUGGAAAGGAGUAUGGUCAGUAUCCCGAGGGUGAAGCCGGGAGAUCAGGCUUGGUGGCAUUGUGACGUGGUCCAUGCUGUCGAGUCGACACAUCAGGGCCAAGGCCCGUCAGCCGUCAUGUACAUCCCGACUGUACCGCUGACGGCCAUCAAUGCUCAGUACGUGAGGGAUCAGCGCGAGUCGUUCCUUCAAGCGAUUCCCCCACCGGACUUUCCCGGUGGAGUCGGCGAGAGCCAGUUCCAGGGUACAGGCAGGGAGAGCGACAUUGUUGGAGAUACAGCAAAGAACGGGAUGGGUAUGGCGGCUUUCGAGGUCCCAGCAGAUCUUUCCCCUGGCGAAGCGGACAUCCGGAGGCGAGCGAAUGAGGUAUUUGGGUUCUAG